GAGCUCCUUUGUCCGUGCUUUACUUGCUGAUCAACCGCACAGCCACCAUGUAACGUGUGUGAUCUCCUACAAUGCGUGAUGGUUCCACUUUGAAUCUACAUUGAGCGAGGAAAUAUAGAGAAAAGAUGCAGCAAGGGAGACCGGAGAGGAGGGGAAGGCGGCCCUUUAUUAAUGGAGAACUCCCAGCUCCUUGUAAUUUGCUGCUCGGGAGCGACGAAGGGAGGAGUCAGGGGGAGGGGAGUUACCCAGCAGGGAGGGAGCAGAGGCCAUUCAUGCACUGGCAUUCAGAGCUACUCUCGGACACUUUUAGACACACUCAUGCGUGCGGUGGAUGUGUUGCUACAGCAGGGCAGGAUGAAGAGUGGAGCGCCGGGAUCCCCCGUGCAAACUUCACUGAGCCCAAAGAACACAGUAGCCAGCCGGCGCUGAGUGCAUUUCCAGGAGUGGAUUCACUAUGAGAAUAUUGCACUUCUAAGGGAAGCUGUUGCUGGGAUUACUUAUUGGAAUACCCAGAUACCUUCAAACCAAUCCAUUCUUGUGACGCCACAAUGCCAACUGACGACUACAGCUAUUUGCCUGAUGCAUUGCCACCUGUUCCCGAAGUCCCGGACUCUGGCUCAGUCCUGAGCUCCAGCGACAUUUCGACCCGCUGCCUUCGCAACCCAGCCUUCCGUUACGCAUCCUUGCGCUAUUGCUCGGCCCACAGCAUGGAUUCUUCUCCAGACAGUGCCGAAAGGCCGGUCAGCUAUAGCUCUACCUCUUCCUCUGCUUCUUCUCGGGACAGUCACUGCUCACUGGGCAGCCGCUCCACCCUUGUCCACAGCCCUAACUGUAUCCCUGUGACAUCAGACCAGGACUCCGGGGCUAUACGUUUGGAGCUGGUUCCGGCCCAGCAGCUGGGAUGCGGGGAAGACGACAGAAGAGAUGACAGAGAUAUGGACACAGGAAGGCAGCCUGGGAGAAAGGGCACUGAACAGACAGCAACUGAUCAUUCAGAACCGGAGCUAAGUCUUGACAGGGGGACAGAGCGAAUUGGUCAGGUGCAAGAACCCAGGACGUAUGUGGACCGGGUGGUGCAGGAGAUACUGGAUACAGAGAGAACAUACGUCCAGGACCUCAGAAGCAUUGUGGAGGAUUAUUUGGAGAAUGUCAGUAACCAGGCUCGACUGGCUUUGAGCUCUGAGGAUAAAGGCUCUUUGUUUGGUAACAUCCAGGACAUCUACCACUUUAACAGGGACUUGCUUCACCACCUGGAGACUUGCAACGCUGACCCUGUGGCCAUUGCAGAAUGCUUUGUAUCAAAGAGUGAAGAAUUCCACAUUUAUACCCAGUACUGCACCAACUACCCCAGGUCGGUGGCCGUGCUCACCGAGUGCAUGAGGAACAAGGUGUUGGCCAAGUUUUUCCGCGAACGCCAGGAAUCUCUGCGGCACUCCUUGCCCCUGGGCUCCUACCUGCUAAAGCCGGUGCAGAGGAUCCUUAAGUACCAUCUGCUGCUUCAUGAGAUAGCCAACCAUAUGGAGAAGGACACCGAGACGUUUGAGGUUGUGCAGGAAGCCAUAGACACCAUGCAGAGAGUAGCUUGGCACAUCAACGACAUGAAGAGGAAGCACGAGCACGCUGUUAGGUUGCAGGAAAUCCAGAGCUUGUUAACCAACUGGAAAGGCCCUGAUCUGAUUGGCUACGGCGAACUGGUCCUCGAAGGAACAUUUCGACUGCAGCGAGCCAAAAACGAGAGAACUCUCUUCCUGUUUGAUAAGCUCCUGCUGAUCACAAAGAAGCGGGAAGAAACCUUCACGUACAAAGCUCACAUCCUGUGCUGCAACCUCAUGCUGGUGGAAGUUAUCCCAAAAGAGCCGCUGAGUUUCAGUGUGUUUCACUACAAGAAUCCUAAACUACAGCACACAGUGCAGGCUAAGUCCCAGCAAGAUAAGCGCAUGUGGAUCUUACACCUGAAGAGGCUCAUACUUGAAAAUCAUCCUGCUAAAAUCCCUGCCAAAGCCAAACAAGCCAUUCUGGAGAUGGAUGCAAUGCACCAUCCUGGAUUUCAUUUCAGCAUCCCUGACGGUGACAAGAAGGAUUCCCUACAGACAAAGGAGGGCCCCUCCCCUCGCAGAGGACGCAGGAAAGAACCUCUUUCAAAAUUACUGAAGAAUGCCAGGCAGAAUGCUGCCAACACUGAUGGAGAAAAGCGAACAAGUCUGGGCGCCACCCUGCUCUCUCCCGUGUCCCAGCUGGCUCUGGGUACAAUAGGUCGCAGCCGCAGUCUCAUCAACCAAUCACAGGAGUCUUUGGACCCAGGUGACCACAGUGAUCGAGAGGAAGGGGAGGAGCCACAUCAGCAAGAUGCAGAUGAUGAGGAUGAGAGCGGCCUGGGAGGUGGGAAGAGGUUGCGAGUCCCAGGUAAAAGCAGUAGGAAGAGGCUGAACCCUCAAGCAUCAGUAGACAGUAUUGAACAGUGGAAAGCCUUUAACAUGAGUCCUUCAGAUAUACAGAGAGCCAGAGAAUCCCUUGUGAGGGAUGUAAGUCACCACCCGCCACUUCGCAGAACCUCUAAUGUGACAGAGGAACCUCCAGAGUCCUCGGUCCCAUCAGUAGUAGUGACAGAUAGUGAGCACUCUGUUAGGAACAUUUGGGCAGACCACCGCGCUCGCAGAGCCAUGUUCCCCACCAGACAGCGAACCAUGCAGCCCGAUGAUGAUGACGACGAGGAUAUCUACCAGAUGUUUGUUCCCACAGAACCAGGCAGAGCAGAACCUGAGGCACCCUCAGGGAGAUCAGACGAGACGUUGUCUCCGAGGACGGCCCGGCCUUGUAGCUGGCAUGUAGAGCAGCUACCUUGUGUCCAAAUUGAAGCUACCUCAAAUGGCAGCAGGGUUCUGCGAAGGGCGAGUAGUGUCGGGGAGACUGCUACAGAAGUUCAACAGAAUCCAGAUGACAACCAGCCUGGUCACAACCUGGAAGUGAUUCACACAGAGUCCUCCAGCAAUGACAUAUCUGGGUCUUCGUCAGCCGAACAGCUAACAAUGGAUGAUAUUGAAAAUGUUUAUGACAACAUCAACUAUAAAGACCUUAAGAGAAUGGGCCUUGUCAGAAGAGAUUCAGAUGGGUCACGGAAAGAACAUUCCCAUUGCCAAUUAACAAUUGCACCUAAUGUGCCAGAGGUACCAGACACCACAGAACCGAUCAUCAAAUUUGAUAAUUACGAAGAUACCAAUCAGUUCUCCACUCAAGAAGGGAAGCCGGUGCAGCGAUCUGAGCUAAACAUGGUCGAGGAGAACAUCUAUGACACCAUUUGCUUUCGGGAUCCUCCAUCACUAGAAGCAAUAGGAAUCAACGCCGAUCAGCAGAGAGAAAGUCUGCUGCCUUCUGAACAAGACUUAAGUGGGAGCAUCCGAGCGUUUGUGUCAGAGCAGAGUCUCCGCUUUGGAAAUGAUGAAAGAUCCCUCCAUUCCGUCCAAUCAGAGCCAGAGUACUCCUCGUCCUCUGCUUUCAUCGCCUCUAAACAUUCACAGAAAGGAAAUCGAAUGUCAGAACACGGUGAUGAGCUCUGGAAUGACUUGGAAAACUACAUCAGGAACAACGAAAAGAAAGCUGAACGACUGCCUUCUGCAUUCCCGGUCAAUGCCAGUGAGUCACUAAAGAGGACACCCUCAGUCAAAACCAGUCCUCUGGCUGAUCCCCAAUUAGCCAUGUAUCCAACUAAGAGCCCCCCAGCACAUCAGGCUAGACCACCCCCUGUGCGCUCAUCCCAAUCUUUCACCAUCCCAGUCAUCAACCUCUCUGACUUUCAAGGUGACGGAACCACUGAGGGUGAACUUCAGAGUCCUGCUUCUAGUCCAAAACCUCUUCCAGUCGCACCAGAACCCUUACCCGGCACAGUGAAAAGCAUUCGCAACAGACUGGCUCGCCUAAGUAGCGGCAGCUUCCGAUUAGAGGAUGAUGACCUGGUCGAACUUCCUCCAAAAACCCCUCCUCAGAGAGAGAAUUCUAUCAAGGAUCUCCAUAGUUUGUUUCCAGGGCAGCUGGCAGUUCUGGACUCGCCACUGGCCUCCUCCUCUCUCCUGCUGGGUGAGUCAGUAGACUUCCCCCUGGAACUUAUGGACAAAUCCAAGAGUCGUGUCUUUCUGAUGGCACGACAGUAUAGCCAGAAGAUAAAGAAAGCUAACCAACUGUUGCGUAUGAGGAGUAUGGAUCCUGGGGACUCGUGUGGUCGACACAGACCUGACAGGAGGCAGAAAGACCUCGCGGCCAUCUUAGAGGAGAAGAAACAAGGGGGAGCUGCUAUAGGUGCAAGGAUAGCAGAGUAUUCCCAGCUCUAUGACCAGGUAAUGUUCAAAGACUCCUCCGCCACAGUGCACCAUAGCCACCCCGGUCUUUCGUCUUCUCCAUCCUUGCCUGAGACCUCCGCGGAGGAAGAGUGGCUACACUCCACCUACAGCAAUGGAGAGCUUUCCAGCUUCAUGUCGUCUUCCGGCGACGUGCGCAAUGCAAGAGCCUCUUCCACGCCUGAGCGUAAACUUACCGCUUCCCGCUCCAUCCCUUCUUUCAUCACCCCGAGCUCACCGCCAUCCCAGAGAUGGAGCUCGUGCAUAUCAGCGCCCAGCGAGAAAGACGAACAUGUGUACAGUACCAUCCAGAGACAGCCUUCCUCUCCGACAAGACACUGUCAGUCGGUCAGCUCAUUAAGUAGCUUGCAAGUGGAGAAAAACAACCAACCCGGACUAAAAUGUAACGGGCCGGCUGUGGAUUAUUCCCCCGAAAGACUCCAUGGUCCCUUUUUGGGUCAUGCAGGUCGUCAGAGCAGCCUCCCAGAGAGAUCUACCCAAGGAGAGUCCGAUCUCACCUUGCAUGACGGCCAACAUGUAGUUGUCCUAAACCGAAUGUCCGCUUUAAGCAUCCUCACCGCCACCCAGAACUACUUUGCCAACUUCAAGGACAACGGCGACGACGACGACUACGUGGAGAUCCGCUCCGAGGACGAAAUCAACCCGGAGAAUUGUGGCGCGACGCAGCAAAGUCUCAGCUCUGUGGCUGGGCUUUCCCAUCAAAACCGGGGUCCCGUCCAUUCCCGGAGUUUGCCGUGUACGCCGGGGCAUGCCGCCAGAUCACUGGAUUGUGAGCAUUUGGAGAAGUAUCUAUGGAGUGAACCACAACAGAGCCAACCCAAAAUCGUCCAGUCUCUAAGGGAAAAGCUUCACUGUCUGAGCUCCAGUAGCUUAGCUUAAGUCUACCAAAAUCCAUUGCAACAGAAAGAGUCCCUGCUACUGCUACUUUAUCCACAAACAAAAGGAAAUAACCGCAAAUGUAGCUCAAGUUAUUCGUAAACCAAGUUCUUGGAUUGCAGAGUACAAAUAUUUUGUACACUGAUUAUGUAAAUAACUCCUAUUUUACGCUUCAAGGUAAACGAUGUAGGAUCUUAUCAGUGAACAAUAGCGCUUUGAAUUCUACAUGCAAGCCGCCUUAGCACUUCCAGUCUGCUUAUUAAGUAUUGUUACAAACCUGUUACUGAUAAUUAGAGGUAAAAUCAUAUCAGUGCCCAACAUCUUAAAUAGAUCCGCGGAACUUUUUUAUUUUGAGUGGCAUUUUAAGCACCUAUAAAAAUAAACGUUAAACAAAUGGCAAAUAAAUGUAACACAGCUACAUGCUAGCUAAUACAAAUCUAAUAUGCUCAGCAUACUCAUUUUAGUGAUUGUGCGCCGUGACCGAGGUACAGUAGAUUAAAAAGUAGUAGGCUGAUAUUUCUGACUAAAUAAGAAAUGUACCGUAUUUUCCGGACCAUUUUUCUGCAGAUGAGCGGGUCUAGUCAGGUCUUUUUUCAUACAAAAGGCGUACCGGAUUAUAAGACGCAUUAAAGGGGUCAUAUUAUUAUGAUUUUUUUCUAAAUGUAAAAGACUUCCUUGUGGUCUACAUAACAUGUGAUGGUGGUUCUUUGGUCAAAAUGUUGCAUAGAUGACGUUUUACAGAUCAUCUUCAAGUCGCUUUCUGACAGUCGCUUCAGGAUGCGCCGUUUUGUGGGCGGUCUUAUUUACGUGGCUCACCUUCGGUAGCGUCUUCUCCCCGUCAUCUUUGUUGUAGCGGUGUAGCGUGCAAGGACUGGAGUGGAAGAAGUGUCAAAAGAUGGCGCUAACUGUUUUAAUGACAUUCAGACUUUACUUCAAUCAAUAACGGAGCAGCAUCUCCUCAUCCGUGGCUCAACAACGCUUGAAAUGUGUCCCGUGAAAAACCGUCCGACCGUAACUCUCUAAUAGCUAAAAUUCCUUGGGUGAAUUAUGUAAACUCACUACACUGGUAUGUUUUAGCGCUUUCAUGGCGAGUUUACUGACAGAAAUAAGUAAGAACUUUACACUACUUUCUAUCAGAAAUGGCAACAGCGGAAAAUGAAUGUCCCAUAAGAAGGUAGAGAAAAAGAAGAAGCUUAUUGACUACGGCAGAUGCGUGCAAAUUUUCAGGACUUAUGCAGAUCCCAAAUACAGAUCAGCAGGUACCAAAAGGUAAGAAAAGUAAGUUUUGCGUAAUAUUGCCAAACAAAACGCCAGGUAAUAUAUCUGCUAAUAGGUGCCAUUUUGCGGUCCUUAUACACACACACCAUAAUACUCGUAUGAUUAAUGCGCAGACAAUCCAUCAAGCUGUGCGUCUUCAUAGCUUACCAAAGUCGUACUAAAAACAUUUUUGGCAAAUUUUUGAGUGCCGUGUGUAAUGUUCUACAUUCUCAAUGAAACAUUUAAAGUUUUGGUGUUGUUUACUUGAGUCAUAUUGCAGUCUACACUAAUCUCUUAUGUGUGACUGCCAUCUACUGGUCACACUUAUCAUUACACCAUGUACCAAAUAAAAUAGCUUCGGGGUCGGUAAGGACAACCAAAAUUAUUCCGUACAUUAGGCACACCGGGUUAUAAGGCGCACUGUCGAUUUUUGAGAAAAUUAAAGGAUUUUAAGUGCGCCUUGUAGUAAAAAAAUACGGUAAGGCUUUGCAUUUAUUUUAAACAGUAAAAAUCAAAUGUUUUAUGUGAUCAAAUCUUCUGAGGGCAUUCAUUAUGAAUAGUGGUAGAGUCAAUAUUCUGUUCUGGGUCUACAAAAACACUGAUGUUAAAGUAGUUCUGCAUGUGGUGAGUGGGUAUGACAUGUACAGCAUGUAUCACACUGCUAAUCAACAGUUCCACACAGGUGUUGAUUAAUAGUCUCAUUUCAUAUCAUCAACUCAAAGCAUCUUAUUUAUUCAAAAGCAUCUUUACGAUGACUUUUAUUGCUAUUAAUGCAAAGGCAGGUCCAUUACAGCUUGUAAAUGAAAGAUUAAUGUAUUUAUUUAAAGUUUAUUCUGAUUUUUGGGGGGGGUGUUCAUUCGCCAAAUCAAAUGCUGUGAAUUGGUAGUUGCACUGCUCCAUACAAGUUCCAAAUGUUAAGGUAAUAAAGAUUUGUUUUUAAUGCACAACACCACGGUAAACUGUUCAUAUCAGGAAACACAUAAAUAUGAAGUAUGUUGUUUUGUUUCUUGUAUACUUUUGUCAUCGGCUUCACAGGUGGGGAUUGCGGGUCUUUUUGACUCCUCAUGUUUUGCACUUUUCUUCUAACAUCUACAAAACCCAAAACCAGUGAAGUUGGCACGUUGUGUAAAUGGUAAAUAAAAACAGAAUACAAUGAUUUGCUAAUCCUUUUCAACUUAUAUUCAAUUGAAUAGACUACAAACACAAGAUACUUCAUGUUCGAACUGGAAAACUUUUGUAAUUUUUUGCAAAUAUUAGCUCAUUUGGAAUUUGAUGCCUGCAACAUGUUUAAGAAAAGCUGGCACAAGUGGCAAAAAAGACUGAGGAAGUUGAGGAAUGCUCAUCAAACACUUAUUUGGAACAUCCCACAGGUGAACAGGCUAAUUGGGAACAGGUGGGUGCCAUGAUUGGGUAUGAAAGCAGCUUCCAUGAAAUGCUCAGUCAUUCACCAACAAGGAUGGGGCGAGGGUCACCACUUUGUGAGCAAAUUAUUUAAGAACAUCAUUUCUCAACCAUUUAUUGCAAGGGAUUUAGGGAUUUCACCAAAUACGGUCCGUAAUAUCAUCAAAAGGUUCAGAGAAUCUGGAGAAAUCACUGCACAUAAGCGGCAAGGCUGAAAACCAACAUUGAAUGCCCGUUACCUUCGAUCCCUCAGGCGAUACUGCAUCAAAAAGCGACAUCAGUGUGUAAAGGAUAUUACCACAUGGGCUCAGGAACACUUCAGAAAACCACUGUCAGUAGGCCUAACUACAGUUCGCCGCUACAUCUGUAAGUGCAAGUUAAAACUCUACUAUGCAAAGCAAAAGCCAUUUAUCAACAACACCCAGAAACGCCGCUGGCUUUGCUGGGCCCGAGCUCAUCUAAGAUGGACCGAUGCAAAGUGGAGAAGUGUUCUGUGGUCUGACAAGUCUACAUUUCAAAUUGGUUUUGGAAACUGUGGACGUUUAAGUUAAUGAUUAUUUGAAAAAAAAAUAAGUUUCUCAGUUCAAACAUUAAGUAUCUUGUCUUUGCAGUCCAUUCAAUUGAAUAUAAGUUGAAAAGGAUUUGCAAAUCAUUUUAUUCUGUUUUUAUUUGCCAUUUACACAACGUGCCAACUUCACUGGUUUUGGGUUUUGUACUUUGUAAACACUUUGUAAAGAUGUACAUUUUAGGAACGUUAUUCUUGUAUGCCAUAGUAUGCUUUAUCAUGCUUUUAUAUAAUGCUUUUAUGUUUAAGUUAAGUGUACUGUAUUUUUUAACAGACUAUUUGUGAUUGCUCAACAACAUAUUGGCGGCAAUAAAUUAAGUACUCUGAACUGUUUUGAGUUUUUUUUUUUUUUUUUUUAUGCCAUCGUUAGUUUCCAGUGUUGGGAAAAUUACUUUUGAAAAGGAAUUUCUUUUAUCUGCAGUUUUUGGGAAGCUGACAUGUUUUGUCAUAAGGACCUGAAGUGUGACUUUUUUUUCGUUUAUAAUGCGACAAAUUUGAAAGAAAAAAAAAAGACAAUUUUGAGAAGCAGACAUUUUAAUUUUUUUUAAAUGAGUGUAAAAACACAAACAAUGUAUGGAUAUUAUAAUACUGUCUAUUAUUUUUUUUUAGACUCCGAUUUUUUUGCCCAGAGUUGUCAAAGUGAUUUUCACUGAGGGCCACAUCGCAGUUCUGUUUGGUCCCAGAGGGCGGCUUCUAACAGUGAAUACUACUAUUACACAAUUUUUUUCUGCAUUUUAUUAGUAGACUUUUAAAAAAGUAAGAAAAAUAUGGUAAAUUGCAAUA